CUAGAAUAUCGUGUUUGUUGGUGCGGGAGCAGGUUUCUUAGUUUACUGCUUAAGUUAGCUUAGUGUUAGAGCCCCGACAGCCCUGUUAGAACCCACAGGGAUGUGUUUUAAGCCUUCAUUUUACACCGACUUUCUUUCGACUAUUUGGUAUCUACAGCGUCCAUGUAAGGCGCGGAGAGCGUGCGUUUAUGGUCGUGGAGAUCUGACCCAACUGACAGCUUGGAGCAUCCUGCUAGCCUAGCAGCUAAAUUAGCCAGACAGAUUGGAGAAGACUGAAGGUGAAGAACAGACUCACCAACCAUGGCUGGAGGAAUAACGGAGACGGGGGAACCCUACUCUCCAUUUGUGGGGCUGGUGUAUAUGUUUAAUCUGAUUGUGGGAACAGGAGCGCUGACGAUGCCCAAAGCCUUCGCUACAGCCGGCUGGGCGGUCAGCUUAGCGCUCAUCACCUUUUUAGGAUUCAUGAGCUACAUGACCACCACCUUCGUGAUCGAGGCGAUGGCGGCGGCCAACGCUCAGCUGCGCUGGAAGAGGAGAGAGCAGGAGCAGACCGACGACAGCGACUCCUCCGAAUAUUCAGACGAUGACGUCCACGGCCGAGGCCGAUCAGAGCCAGAGACGAGGCCCAUCUUGUCUGUCCAAAGAUCCGGUCACGUCGAUCACUUCGACAUCGUGGAGCGGGUCGAGAUGGGUCAAAUGGCCUCCAUGUUCUUCAACAAAGUUGGCGUCAAUAUGUUCUACAUCUGCAUCAUAGUCUAUCUGUACGGAGACCUGGCCAUCUACGCAGCGGCGGUGCCUAUAUCGCUAAUGGAAGUUGCCUGUGGAAAUCACUCCUGCAGCGCUGGAAGUGUGAAGUACAACGACACGGACCCGUGCUGGGGCUCUGUCACGAGGAAAGACGCGUACAGGGUGUUUUUGAGCGUGUUUACCGUUUGCUUGGGGCCUUUCACCUUCUUCAAUGCCCAGAAGACCAAAUAUCUGCAGAUUCUAACCUCACUCAUGCGCUGGAUCGCGUUCACCAUGAUGAUCAUCUUGGCUCUAAUCCGCAUUGGGAAAGGCACCGGCGAGGGUCACCCGCCAGUUGCCUCCUUAUCCGGGAUCCCCAACCUGUUCGGGGUGUGCGUCUACUCCUUCAUGUGCCAACAUUCGCUGCCCUCGCUGGUGACGCCCAUAUCUGACAAGAAGCGCGUCGGGACUCUGGUGUUCGCCGACUACGUCCUGAUCCUGGGCUUCUACGUCCUCCUCUCAUUCACCGCCAUCUUCUGCUUCCAGAGCUCGCUGCUGCACGACAUGUACACCUUGAACUUCACAGACAACUGCCAAGUCUUAGAUAUUCCAGUACUGCGCUACUUCCUGGGCUUGUUCCCCGUUUUCACCAUUAGCACCAACUUCCCCAUCAUCGCUGUCACGCUUCGCAACAACUGGAAGACCCUGUUCCACCGGGAAGGAGGCACCUACCCGUGGGUGGUGGACCGUGUCGUGUUUCCACUAAUUACCCUAGUGCCUCCAAUUGUGGUGGCCUUCUGCACCCACAACUUGGAGUCCCUAGUUGGCAUAACUGGCUCCUAUGCAGGGACAGGGAUCCAGUACGUUAUCCCAGCUUGCCUCGUGUUUUUUUCCAGGCGCCACCUGGAACCUGUGGUGGGCAGAGACGCCAUCAACAAGCACAGGUCUCCCUUCCGCCACAGCUUCUGGGUGUGGUUUGUGUGGCUGUGGGCCGGGUCAUGCCUUGUGUUUGUCACGGCCAACAUCAUCCUGACUGACACAAAGAAGUGAGAACGCACCUUAUCAAAAGAUCAGUUUCCGUACGGCCAGUUUCUUCGUUCUUGUACGUGAGGCCUUACUUGCUGCUGGUUGGACAGUGUGCCUUUUUAUGGGACCUUUGUUGCACAGAUUAAAUGUAAUUUAUCAAAUUUGUUAAACGGGGACCAAACGUCAAAGUUUCACGAUGAAAGCUGGAAUGCCGCAUGACGGCAAUGAAAGGGAAUUUAUUAGAAGGAUCUUUUUUCAACAUACACCUGACGGUCUUUUCACAUCACCUCACAAUUUUUUUAAAAAUUCUAUUCGAGUUUAUCCUCAGCUUGGUCCGAAGGCCAAGAUAAUCUAGAAAUGUGGAUAAUGUAGCCGUAGGGUUGGUUGUCUUUAGAGGAACGUUUAUAUUGGCUGCCUAUCAUUUCUCUAAUCGUCUAUUUGCACAUGUUUUCAUGUCAGAUGUUGCCACCAAACACUCUUCCCAACCCAUAUUUUUGUAUAUGCAGUUUCUGUUUCAAAGUCCAGUGUAUAGAAAAGAUACAGUGUGAAGACGCUCAGAUGCCGAAGCCAGUAAAGCAAUUCCACGAGCAGAGUAGCGACAAGAAAAAACGCCCGUCACGUCCACACCUGUGUAAUGAGAUUGGAACAGAAACCAGCACAAGAAGCAAAACGAACAAAUCGCCAUGAUCAUUCUCUCACGGCUGACGUUUAUCCAUUCCUCAGCAGCGCCCGCCUCCGAUCUCCUCGUCCCUCCCCGUGAGCGAUGAAGCUCCACUGGUGACAGAUCCACUGACAGAUAGGCCUCCAGGAGGAGCUCCAUCUGUGUUUAUCAUCAGACACUCUCCUGUAGUUCACACACAGGGUAUGUCUCCCGUCUUCUGCCGCUCAGCACCCAUUCAUGACUCUGUCAGCCCGGCGCUGUAUCUAUCACGCAGCCCAACACCUGACAGGAUAAUGGUGAUCUACGCCGCUUCACCCGUGGCUGCGGGGAAGACAUCGGAGGCCAGGAGUAACGGGAGCCAGCGGCUUCACGCUGUAGUUCAGUUCAUUUUGACUUCACUGACAGCUGGCAGCUUCUCCUACUUCAUUAUCGCAACUAACUCUUCCACCUGCUUCGUUCCUCUCAAUGAUAUUUUUUAAAAGUCAUUUAUAUGUCACUGAAAUAUUCUGAAAGGCUCCUAUGACACAAAAAUCUUAAAAUAUCAGUAGUGGAGUUCAUCUUAUUGUUUUGUGGGUGACCGGAAUCUAGUUUGUGGCAGGAGUAACGGUGUUUGGUAAGAAAUGCACUGUAAAAAGGAAAAUCGUAAAUUCAAAUGAAUAAGAUAUAAAUGUGGUCUAAUAAAAUCACAGUUUAAGCUUAAUUUUAACUGUUACAGACUGACGCUUGAAUUAGUUUAAUUCAACAAUCUGAAAGAGAUUUUUGACAAUUUUGCCACACAUCUUUAAACUUAUAUUACAGUUUGGCAACACUGCACCUGUAAGUGUUCACAAAGUAGUAGCUGGUGUAAGUUGGGCAACAUGGAAUUCAUUACAGGGCGCGGGAAUACAAAUAAUUCUGUACGCAACUGAUAUUUCUACAACCAGUCGGAGCCAUUUCGUCGUAAACUAGUUCAAAGCCACAGUGCUCAGGUGACGUGUAUGACAUCACAGCAUAAAGCCAGUUCAAACGACUUGAUUGGUCCGGCAGAUCGUUACUGGAGCAUUAACGGAAAUGCGAAUCAGAACCGUAGCGAAACGCGUUGUUCCAACAAGGGUCUGACAACGUUCAAAAUGCGGCUUCACACCACUUUGUUUAGUGUCCAUGUAAACGCUUCCCUCUAUACUUUGCAGUUUUCAUGUUUCCCUUUGGUCAUAUGUCUUUAAUAUAUUAGGGUUAUAUCUGUAUGUCUCAUAAAUGUUUUCACUAGGAUGAAUGGAGCUUCGAAGUACAAUCCAACAUGAAUAGUGUAUAGUGUAUAUUCAAACGACAUUACGGCUGAGGUCAGUUAAAAUGAGUUCAGCGGAGCAGCUUUUUCAUCUGCUGCUGUAAUGCACUUUAAAUUAGAAGCUAAUGUCCUGUGACUCAAGUGUUUUUAAGGCAACGGGAAGGUUUGUGCAGGCGCCUGGUUGUGUUUUUUUGUUGUUGUUUUUGGUUUUUUGUAGCACGGUUAUGAAGCUGAUGUUGGCUUUGCAGUCAGCAGACCAGCUCCUCCUUCACCAAACCUCACCGAGGAUUCAUAUUCUCACAAUCCUGUCGAUAAUCGCGAGUUAUUAAAAAGCACUGAAGUUCUGUCAGGUCAGGUUCCCGCAGAGGAGCUUCGGGAAAAAAAAACAAACAAACUUGAAUCUUGGGUGGGUAUUUCUUUUUGUUGAUCCCGAGGCAAAGAUCAGAAAGUGAGUGAAUUGUGUUCAGUUUUCAGACUUGUGAAAUGUGCCUUUUUUUUUCUUGCCCUAAACUUUCUUUGAAAAGGAAGCUUGUCAGAAACCUCAUGCAUCUAAUCUCAUUUCGUUUAACUGUGUCGCCAAAGCCAAUCCUUUUACUUUUUUUUUCACGUGUUGUUUUUCUUUCCUUUAAUUUAUGUUCCUUUGAGUUUUCCUCGCCAUGUUUUCUCCGUUUUAUUCUCACUGUGUUUCUGGUGAUUGUUUACAAUAGUCUGGGCGGCCUGUGAUUCAUCAGUUGGAUGUUUACGGCUUUAAUGGAAGUUUCGUUUGAUUUUUAUGAUUCUCAAAGAUAAUAAAGGCUUUAUGUUCAAACGAA